AUGAUAAGUCCAACAAAUGUUUUUAAAGAAAUAGAUAAAGAUAAAGAUGAAUUAAUAACACUUGAAGAAGCAUUAAAAGGAGUUCAUUAUGAAAAAGAAGAAAAAGAAUUUAAACAAUUUGAAGAAAAUGUAUUAUUGAUAAUAGAUUCAGACAAUGACAAUAAAAUAACAUGUAAAGAAUUUAAACAAUUUUUUAAAAUCAUAGAAAUAGCACAAAAUAUUAAAAUAUGUCAAAAAAUGAAUUUUACAAAUAUUCAAAUUCCAUUUCCAGAAACUGAAAAAUUAAAAUUAUAUUUUAGAUGUUUUAAAACAAAUAAAAAAGGAGAAAUUACAACAGAACAAAUAUUAAAUUGGAGUAGAAAAAUAAAAGACCCACAACAACAAGUAUUUAUUGAAACAAGUUUAAGAAAUAUGAAUUCGAAUAAAUGUGAUGAACAAUUAUUUACAAAAUGUUUUAUAUCACCAGAUGGAUAUAUAAUGGAAUAUUGUCCGAAAUAUAUAAACGUAUUUAAAGAAAUAGAUUUAAAUCAAAAUGGUAAAAUAGAUAUUCAAGAAAUUAUGUAUCACAUUUCACGUAUUUUUACAGUCCCUGAAAAUAUGAGAGAUUUUUUUACAAUUGUUAUAAAGUUAUUAGAUUCUGAUGGUGAUAAUGAACUAAAUCUUGUUGAAUUUGUUAAGUAUUGUCUUGCCUUAAAUCAUUUAUUUGAUUUUUCAAAGGGUGGUGAAAUUACAAAAGACCAUAUGUUAAUGGUUUUAUAUGAAUUAGUUGAUAUUGAUGGGAGUGGUUUAAUUGAUAGAAUGGAAAUGGAAAGAUAUUUUAAUAUCCUUCAUACUCCUUUUGAUACUAGAGAAACAGUAAGAAAUAUUAUGAAACAAUGUGGAGGUGUUAUUGAUUUUGAAGUAUUUAAAUAUUUAUAUUCCUAA